UCAUGAUUUCUUUCCCUUCAUGUUGUUUGUCAGUUGUUUUAGUUAAACAUGUCUUUAAACCAGUGCAAGAAGAGCAGUUCACUCAGCACGUGUCUAGAAGCCAGGGGGUACCAGUUUCACUUCCCUCCUGCUUCUCUGCAACUCUCAGUGACGCGCAGUGAGAAGCAGGAGUGGUGAAACACAACGCUUGGCACUUCAGGGCUCCCCUCUCCAGGUCCUGCAGUGAUACCCAUGCUGCUUUCUCCUGCACUCCUGGCCUCCUGAAGAUGCCCAGGAGAAGAGCUCUUCCCCUGUGGACACUGGUGGUGCUGCUGCAGCUGGUGGGCUGCCUUCUCAGCCCCUGUUUGGAGGUCAUCCCUACCAAAGCUUUCAGAUGCAUGGGACUGAACAUCUCCGGAGUCCCCUCUGAAGUCCCAAACACCACCCAGAACCUGGAUCUCAGUUUCAGCAACCUGAAAUCACUGAGGGUAAAGUAUUUUGCGUCAGUCCCUGAACUGGAGCUUCUGGAUCUUACAAGGUGCCACCUCCAGACAAUAGAAGAUAACUCCUUUAAGGGUCUUCAUAAACUUUCCACCUUAAUUCUAACUGGCAAUCCCUUCCAGGACCUGGGACCAGCAGCCUUCUAUGGCUUAACAUCCCUGAGAAAGCUAGUGCUGGUGGAAAAUAACAUCACUUCUCUGAACGACCUACCCAUUGGCCACUUGCAUACCCUGCAGGAGCUGAAUGUGGGCCACAACAGCAUUGCUUCAUUGAAGCUUCCCAAGUAUUUCACCAACCUGACCUCUCUCAGGCACCUGAGCUUCUUCUCUAACAAGAUCACAUAUAUCUCCAGAGGAGACCUUGAUGUCCUGAAGGAAGUGAACAAACUCAACCUCACACUGGUGCUGUCCUUGAAUUACAUCAAAUGCAUAGAGUCAGGAUCCUUUGAGAAGAUUCACCUUAGUGAGCUGGUUUUAAGGUCUUCUUUUGAGAACUUCAAUGUGAUGCACUCUUCUCUUCAAGGCCUGACUGGUUUACAGGUCAAUAGGCUAAUAAUAGGAGAAUUCAGUGACAAACAGAGACUGGUGGACUUUCAGAGCGGGCUCCUGAGUGGACUGUGCCAGGUACGAAUGCAAGAGUUUGUCUUAAUCUCUUUCAGGGGGUUCAAGAAUAACACAGACACUCUUUUUAACUGCUUACACAACGUCUCCAGCAUCCGCUUGGUGGACCUGCAGCUGGAGGAGAUAUCAAAGGUUCCUCUGUUGUCUCAAGUGAAGCAGUUGGAGUGUAAGAAAUGCACAUUUAGGGAAGUGCCUGCCACGAAGCUGUCUCUUUUCAAGGAGCUGAGAGUGCUUCGCAUUAUCAAGAGCAAACACCUCAACAGCUUCCGGAAGACAUUUCAGGACCUGCGUAACCUGGAGGUCCUAGAUUUGAGUGAGAAUCGCCUCUCCUUCACUCUCUGCUGUUCCCCUAAGUUCCACAACUGUCCCAACUUGAAGCACUUGAACCUCAGCUUCAAUGCGGACAUCAGCGUGACUGGAGAUUUCACUAACGUGAAGAACUUGUUGUAUUUGGACUUUCAGCACACAAAGUUAGUUGGUCCUGGCUCCUACCCUGUCUUUCUAUCCCUUCAGAAACUCAUUUACCUUGACAUUUCCCAUACCAGAACUCAUGUUAAAUCCCAGUGUACAUUCUGUGGCCUGAAUUCCUUGCGAGUGCUGAAGAUGGCAGGCAACUCCUUUGAGAACAACAAAUUGGCCAACAACUUCAAAAACCUGAGUCACCUCUACACCUUGGACAUUUCAGGUUGCAAACUGGUGCAUGUGGACCAGAGUACGUUUGAUGCCCUCUCUGAACUCAAAGAGCUAAACAUCAGCAACAAUAAGUUACUGAGCUUUGAUCCUGUGGUCUACAAGCCCCUGCAAGCCCUCACAGCCCUGGAUUUCAGCAGCAACCAGCUGAGUGUUCUCUUGGACUCAGCCCUGGAAAUCCUGCCUGACAGCCUGGUCCUGUUGGACAUCUCUCAAAACCUCUUUGAUUGCUCUUGUGUGUAUGAGAACUUCCUGAAAUGGAUCAAGGAAAAGCAGGAUCUGCUGCAGAACAAGGAGUCCAUGAUAUGCCAUACACCUGCAUACGUGAAGAAUGUGACCUUGCCAAGCUUUGAUUUGUCCUCCUGCCAGCUCCAUGUAGGCACAGUGGCAUCCUCAGUGACCAUGUUGCUCGCUGCAGUGGUGUUCCUCUUCCUGAUUUACAAGUACUACUUCCAGCUCUACUACUCAUUGGUGCUGCUCAGUGGGUGUAAGCACUCUGCAGAAAGAGGUGACACCUAUGAUGCAUUUGUCAUCCACUCCAGCAAAGACCAAGAAUGGGUGAUGAAAGAGCUGGUGGAACCCUUGGAAGAAGGAACACCUCCCUUCCAUCUUUGUCUUUACUACAGGGAUUUCCUACCAGGGGUUCCCAUCGUCACCAAUAUCAUCCAGGAAGGUUUCCUGAGUAGCAGAAAUGUUAUUGCAGUCAUCUCCACCGACUUCCUGGAAAGUAAAUGGUGUAGCUUUGAAUUUGACAUUGCCCAGUCCUGGCAGCUGGUUGAAGGAAAGGCUGGGAUCAUCAUGAUUGUACUAGAAGAAGUGAAUAAGGCCUUGCUAAGGCAGAGGCUGGGGCUUUCCCGAUACCUAAGAAGGAACACUUAUCUGGAGUGGAAAAACAAGGAGAUAAGCAAGCACAUCUUCUGGAGGCAGCUGACAGGAGCCCUGCUAGAAGGCAAAAACUGGAAUCACGAGCAGGUAAAGCUCAUGUGAAGAGAAAGGGAGAUCACUUCUCUCCUGUUUCCCAUCAUGGCCUUGGCUGAUGGCUCAGAAGAUGGUUCUUCUGUGGCUGUUCAGUCAGAGCAAGAGAAUGGAGGCACUGUGGAAGCACUACAGAAAUACCUGCUGUGCUGGUCACCCUUUCUCAAGGGAACUUGGAAGCUAAGGAGUGACAAGAGUUGGAAGAGCUGCACAUGCCUGAGCUCCAUGAAUGUCAGCCAAAGGUGGUCCAGCAAUCCAUGCAGGUCUGAUGUGUUGGUGAAUGGAUGGACUGCUCUUACUGUUAUUUGUCUGUCUCUGAAACUGGGUUUGGGGCCUGGGGCCAUUUACUCAGUGGAACUUCAGGAUCUGUUGCUUAGGAUCUCAGGGGAGAGCAAAGGUUCAGGAUGCUUGGCUCUUAAAGUGGUGGGAAACAGAAACAAGGUUUGAAUCCUGAAAGCCUUGGGUCUGCGUCCUUUGGCACCAUGACCCAGGGGAAAACCCCCAUAGAGGGAAAUGGGAUGUCCUACAGCCACCCACCAGCUUACCUCAGUGAUGCUGAACAGCUAUGGCAUCAGUGGGGGGGAAGUUACUCUUGGUGGUAAAAUUCCCCCAACAGGUUUAUUUCAGUUUUCUUUAGACCAAAACCAAAUGUUGAAACCCCCAAAUAUUUCAAUCACCUGAAGCUCUAAUUUAUAUUCAGAUCAUACAGCAUUUGAGAGAGUGGUUUGAGGUUUCUUGUGGGAACCAAAAAUCAGUGGACCAGAAGAAGGAGUAGAAAAACUUUAAAAUCAAGGUAUUUCUUUGCUCCAACUGCUUCUCCUCAUCCAGUGUUCUGGAUAUACUACAUGGGACUGCCCUAUAUAAGCAAGAUUGAGCCUGAGCAAAAUGGGUUGAUGUUUACAGCCAGCCAGUUCCAGAAUAAGCUUUUCUACUCUCUGAAUCAGCUUUAAAUCACUGUUGGAAGGAGCUGUAGGAGCCUCAAGCCCAUGGACUUUAGGUAUGUUCAGACCCUGCCAUGAGGCUGAGAGUGCCUCUUCCUCCCCAUUCUGCUGUGGUCCUGGUGGGCAUCUCAGCAUGUGUAGUCAGCCCUUCCCUGAGCUGCUGCCUUAAACAGAACAGUCACUAGAUGGGAGAGGUUUGCCUUUGUUUCACAGAGAAUGUGCCUGACAUUUCCCAGGGAGAAGAGAUAGAGCAGAAAAGCCUGGCUUAGCUAAACUAAAUGUAGCCCAGCACUGCCCUGAAUAAAGGGAAGGCAAGUCUAAAUGCCAUUGAAUCAUAUUACAGAGCACUCCAUUGAUGUGUGGAAUAUUGAAUAGUGCUGGAGUAUCGCUCUCUAUUUACAAAAGGCUUUGGUUGGGAUUAAUCACUGAAUUACUCUAGUUUAAAACUUGCAAAUCCUUCUAUAAUCAAUGAUGUUCCACAGAGAUAAAACAGAAGCAAUUGAGUGCUGAAUCAGAUCUGAUAUUUAUUCAGAAGGAAGGGCCUGAUCCAUCUCACUUUUCAAAGGACGAGUCAGCAACAUCUCCCUGGAUGCCAGUGAUGAGUGAGAUCAACAUCAGACACUGUUUGAGGUAGAGGAAGAACUGCUUCCAGGGCUGGUGCUGGCAAAAUCUGAGUCACAGUUCCCUCUGUGCUGUGUCAGAUAACACUACCAAAUACCCCACAGCCCUCUCUAAGGUUUCUUGUGACCCAUAAGAUGAAGCUUUAAUAAAACUAAGCUCCGUGCUGCAUUCAUUCACAGUGAGUUUGGUUUGCGUCUGCUAAGCUCUGUUGUAGCAAUUCCCAAGGUGCAGUGAUGCUCCUGGUCCUGAGCACUGCAUCUUGCCAGAGUCACCAUCAUCCUGCCUCCUCACCCAGGGGCAGAGGCUGCUGGUGCUGGGGAAGGGGUGCAGUAAACCAGGGCACAGCUUGAGAUUCCCUGGAUUGAGGCCAAAGGAGAGCAUGGAGGACAAGGCAAACAUUGGCCUGGGUUUCAGCAGCUACAAGUUAAUUUGGGAAACAAAAGAGGUAAAAUUCAAUAGGGUGGAAGUUCCUGCUCCUGAAUUAAGCAGCAUUGAAGCUCACUGUUUCCCUCGGUAAACAAUUCAGUGUCUAUGUAUUUGUGGCACAAAGCACAGAGUGCCAUGCUUCUUGAUUGCAAUUAUAAUAAUGACUUUCAGAAAGCCUGCAAGUGGCUCUGGGCAUUAUAAUAAGGGUUUAAGGCAGUAUUGUUUAAAAAGAGAGUGUUUGUUGAAUAGUAAAAGCAACUUUAGGAGGAGAGAUGGGGUGAUGCUCCCGCUCUCAGAGGAGGAGGCCAUUACCCCAGCAGUGCCCCUCUUCCAUACAUGUUGGUUUAUGAGUAUAGGGGGGAAAAGCCUGUGGGAACAAGUAUAUUUUCACCUUUUAUCCAGCAGAGAAAAAGCAGAUUUGGUUUUGGAAGACUCAGAACAGCUUUCCCAAAUACUAUAAACGUGAAAACCAUUGUAUUUCAGAAACACAUACCUGUUUGCCUUCAUUACAGAAGUAAAAUUCCAAAGGAAAACUCUGAGCAGUCUCAAGUCCCAACCAUGUUGGCGUACAUUGUUAUUUGAAAAUGCUCCCUGUGAACAGGUAGUUCUGAUACGAUUUACUCAUUUGGAUGAAUAAAUGAGCAGGCACCCAAACAUCCAUGCAGGUCUGCAUUCAUUCAUCUCUCAUGUAAAUAGCUGAACCAGUUAUUUCCAGUUAUUAAUUCCAGUUACCCAGUUAACAAGCAUCUGUUUUACCCAGGUCAUAAAAUCAGAUGGAGAUGAAGCUCCAAAGGGCUGCUGCACCCUGGUUAUUUCAUAUGAUCUGUAAUGGGGAUGUGCCCUGAUUUCACUCUGUGCUUAAUUUAACCCAUGCAAAAUGCCAGUGCAGCUGAAGCUCCAGUCUUGCAUCAGUCUCACACCAGGUCAUUGUGAUGCCCCAUGUGCUGGCAUCAUCACCAAGAUGCGGCUUGGAAGGAGGGCUCUGAAAGGAGCAAGCCCUCAUUAGCAUGGUUGCAUUUGUGGCCUCACACACAGACAUUAAGGCAGUUGCAUUGAUGCCUGCCUGCAUCUGCCUGGCUGCAGCAGCCUGGAUGCUCCCUCGGCCUCCCCAAGUACCAGCACAGGCUUCCAGUGUCAGUUCAAAACCCAACAAAACAAGAAGCAGCAGCUGGUUUCUCUGGCCCAACUGCUACUUGACAGGAGCAGGUUGAAACGUUCCUGGAAGAGUGUUUGUCCUUUGGGAAACGCUCUUUUGUAGGUGGCUUCUGUAAUUUAAUGAGGUAGCAGAACGAACGAAUGGAAUAGAAAUUGUCAUAGCAGGGUUUCUGCUUUAGUAUCUCAUGGGCUUGCAUCUUGGAACAGGCACUUUGUGUGGAAACAGUGAUUUUUUUGUACUAUUUCAGAGGGGUUGGAAUAAAAGGGGUUCAACUAAAUGUUA